UGGCCGUGGUUGACCCGCGGCGGCCACACCAUGCGCGCCCUGCCGCUCCUCCUCGCCGCCGCGGCGCUGCUCCUGGCGCUGCCCCCCCCGGCGCGGUGCCAGCAGCUGCCGCCGUCCGUGCCGCUCGACCGCGCGCCGCCGCCGCUCGCGCAGGUGCUCCAGGGCGCGCCGCCGCUGCCGGCCGUGCAGCAGGACCUCGAGGCCGACCUCCGGCGCCUCACCGACGAGCUCACCGCCCAGCUGCAGAAGAAGUACGCCUUCUGCAUGGCCGACGUGAAGAAGGAUUUGAACCAGACGUUCAACUUCACCUCCGACUUUAGCUUCGCCUCCGACUGCAUGGAGCAAACCAGAGGGAACAUGGCCGGGAUGCUGUGCGGUAGAGCUGAAGUGGAGGUGUACAUCAAAAGCUUGGCUAGCUCUGGCAGUCGUAGCAGCUCCAGGAUAAGUAAGAACUGCAAUCGAAACUCAUGGGCACUUGGGUGCCAGCCCGGCUGGGCUUGCAUGUCGUUGAGUGAUGAGUCAUCUGACGAAUCGGUUCCAUCAAGAACACUGAACUGCAGGCCAUGCUGUCCGGGUUUCUUCUGCCCCCGUGGCCUGACAUGCAUGAUACCUUGUCCUUUGGGUGCUUACUGUCCUCUUGGGACAUUGAAUGACACUACUGGCCUUUGCGAUCCGUAUUUUUACCAAAUAACUCCAGGAAUGAACACUGCAUGCGGUACUGCAGAUUCUUGGGCUGAUAUUGUUAGAACCAAUGAUGUCUUCUGCCCUCCAGGGCACUACUGUCCAACCACAACCCAGAAACACAACUGUAGCGAUGGGUACUAUUGCCGCAAAGGUUCCACCAAUGAGAAGAAGUGCUUUUGGAAAAACACUUGCAAGGAUAAUGCAAUAAAAGAAGAUUUGACUUUAUAUGGCGUUAUAUUAAUUGCUAUCUUGAGCUUUGUUUUGCUACUGGUGUACAAUUGCUCUGGCCUAUUCAUUACCAUUCAAGUAAAAAUGUCAUCUAGAGCUCGUAAAAAGGCUGCAAAAAAGGCAAACAAAUCAGCCGCAGCACGUGAAAGAUGGAAAUUAGCAAAAGAACUUGCGAUACGACAUGAGGUAGAAAUGCCUGAGUCUUUCAAUACACCUCAGCAAUCAGCUACAUCAUCUAAUGGAGGACUAAAUGGUGCUGAAGCUAAUGCUAAUGGAUCCAAAAAUCACGAAAAUCUAACUCAGGUUCACACUGAAAGGUUUGGGCGUGCAUAUAAUCAGAUUGGAACAGAUAGAACUAUGAAGACAAACAAUGAUAAAUUAUCGUUCGCUGGAGUGGUGUCUCUAGCUACUGAAGAUAGACCGCAAAGGCCAAUGCUUGAAGUGGCUUUCAAAGGUCUAACACUAUCUAUUGGGAAAAAGAAACUUCUGCAAUGUGUUACAGGAAAACUUUCACCAGGUAGGGUAACAGCUAUCAUGGGCCCUUCUGGAGCAGGAAAGACUACUUUUCUCAAUGCUGUGUUAGGUAAAACGUCGGGGUAUAAGAAGGAUGGGCUAGUCCUUAUAAAUGGGAUACCUGAAUCAAUGCAGUCAUAUAAGAAGAUCGUUGGUUUUGUUCCACAAGAUGAUAUUGUCCACGGGAAUCUGACUGUCGAGGAGAAUCUUCGGUUUAGUUCAUGUUGCAGGUUAAGCAAAGGCAUGUCAAGAUCUCACAAGGUUCGAGUUCUUGAACGGGUUAUUGAAUCAUUAGGACUUCAAGAAAUCAGAAAUUCCCUUGUAGGGACAGUGGAGAAGCGGGGUAUUUCUGGAGGACAAAGGAAGCGUGUAAAUGUUGGGAUUGAAAUGGUUAUGGAACCAUCUCUUCUGAUAUUAGACGAGCCAACUACAGGCUUAGACAGUGCUUCCUCUCAGCUACUUCUAAGGGCUCUUCGACAUGAAGCACUUGAAGGCGUAAAUGUUUGUGCAGUGGUUCACCAACCAAGCUAUACUUUGUUCAACAUGUUUGAUGACUUUGUCCUUUUGGCAAGAGGUGGCCUUAUUGCUUAUCAUGGACCUGUAAGUGAAGUUGAAACGUACUUUGCAGGCCUGGGGGUCAAGGUGCCAGACCGUGAGAAUCCCCCAGACUAUUUCAUUGACAUUUUAGAGGGAAUAGUAAAGACAAAAAUUAGGGGAAAUGUGACUCCUAAACACUUACCACUCCUUUGGGUGCUACAUAAUGGCUAUGAAGUUCCAGAUGAUUUUCAGAAGGACCUUGAGAAUAUUAAUACAAUUCGUGAGUUAUAUACUGUUCGGUCCAUUUCUAGCGAACAUUCUUUGGCAGAACAGACGGAGAAUACAGAUUCUGCACACCACAAUGUGAGACAAUCAAAUAAAUCACUGGAAAGAAAAACACCUGGUGUUUUUGCACAGUAUGGGUACUAUUUGGGGAGGGUGGCAAAGCAACGGCUGCGUGAAUCUACACAACAGGCCGUUGAUUACUUAAUAUUGUGUAUUGCUGGCAUAUGCAUUGGGACAAUUGCUAGAGUUCGAGAUGAUUCUUUCGGUGUAGCUUCUUAUGGAUAUACCAUAAUGGCAGUUUCACUAUUAUGUCAGCUUGCGGCAUUGCGGUCAUUUUCACCAGAAAAGUUGCAAUAUUGGAGGGAGAGAGAAUCUGGCAUGAGCUCUCUAGCUUACUUUCUCGCAAGAGAUACUAUUGAUCACUUCAAUACUGCUGUUAAGCCAAUCAUCUUUCUCUCAACUUUUUAUUUCUUCAACAACCCACGGUCGACUCUUAGAGACAAUUAUUUGGUUUUGCUGGCACUAAUUUAUUGUGUAACCGGCAUAGGUUACACCUUUUCUGUUUGGUUUGAGCUUGGAUUAGCUCAGUUGUUUUCUGCAAUAGUACCUGUUGUGCUGGUCCUGGUGGGCACUAAACCAGACCUUCCGCGGUUUAUAAAGGAAUUAAGCUAUCCAAAGUGGGCCCUAGAAGCUUUCAUCAUUGCAGGAGCAAAAGAGUAUUCAGGUGUGUGGCUGAUCACUAGAUGUGGAGCAUUGCUCCAAGGCGGCUAUGAUAUCAACAAUUUUGGUCUUUGCAUCACCAUUAUUAUGCUUCAUGGUGUACUCUUCCGGCUUGUUGCGUAUCUUAGUCUGUUAAAGCUGAAAUAGAUGUCUGCCAUCUUAUGGACUCUAGCGAUAAAGACUAGUGUUCGCUUACCGUACUCACGGACUCGAGCCCAACCUAUAGAGGAGGCACUUCGACUUUUUUGUAUAUACUGUACGAAAGAAGGCUCGUCUAGGAAGCUGUACACUCAGUAUAUGAAUUACACUCAGGAGUAUAUGAAUAUUGUGAAAUAGAUAUAAGAUUUAGAAUCACCAUUCCUGUCCAUAAACCCGUUGGAAUGGAACACCGAACAAUAAUUUUUGAAUGUAUGUACACACAAUUCUUUUAUACAAUGAAAUUUAUCAUUGCAUCAUCGAUAUUCGAA